AUGUCGGACUUGAUCGCUGGUAAUCUGCCUCGAUGGGUGCAGGCCGAAGAAGCCUUAGAAGGAGUUAACUGGAAGAAGGUUUUGGAGUCUUUGGUCGCUGGAAGUGGGGUCGCUGGAGGUGGGGUCGCUGGAGGCACUGAGAGCUUGCCGUUCUCGUCGGAGGUAAUUCCCGGCAGACUCUGGCAAAUGAUAAAAACGGAGUUCACAAGGAAGGAAGGACCACCGGUUGAAGGACCACCGGUUGAAGGACCGACUGUUGAGGGACCGGCGGUUGAUUUGAAUGGGAGAAGAGUGGAGCGUUGCACCGAGCUUCUUAAGAGGGCGUUAUGCUUGGAUACCUGGUCAGUGGCGGCAGGGCCUCUUGCUGAUGUUUCGGGUGGUGGAGCGGAUGAGUUGUUAUUAUCAUUGAGUUCAAUUUAUGAAAGGACCUGCCCUGAGCGAGAUUUGACUACUUUGAUAUUGGAGCAUCUUCAGACUGCAGCGGAUGGAUUCUUGAUAGAUGCGCGAGAGGUUGCAGCUGCUCAUUACCAUAUGGGGAAGUACUUGAAGCAUUUGGUUGACGCUGUGGAAGAAGUGGAUGGCAAUAAGGCUUUAAAAAAGCUGGUGGAGAAGCGCGAAGCACAGGCUAUAUGGCAUCUCACUAAGGCUCGCGAUUCUUUUAAUCCCAGCUACUGCAUUAAGGAUUUUCAAAACGUUCAUAUGGGUCUCUUUGCCAUGAUCUCGAAACGAGAUAUCACCGCCGCUACCGCUUCCAUGCUGGCAGCAGAUCUUUAUGCUUGUCUCCGAAAAGCCGAAAAACCCAGAGAUAAUAUCUGGGAGAACGAUGAAUUCAUUAUGGAAGGAGACGAAUACAUAGGCGUGACGCGACUGCGCAUACUGGCUCAACAGGGCAUGAUCCAAAUCAUUAAGAACCGGGAUGCUAUCGCCCGCAGUGUUUCGCUGCCUGAAGUGUCUUCGUCGCUGGGCCGAACUCGAGACGAACAGAAUACUGAUGAUGUUCCACCGUCAUUUGUUACCAUGAACAAAACAGACAAAAGACUAUUCGAUACCACAUCGGAUCACAUCAACCUCUGUUUAAUUCAAGGCGAGACUGCAAUGCUAAAGAAUGUUUUAAUGUCGCUCUUAAAGAAAAAAUCUUACCACCAUUUUUUUCAUCUAAAAUGGGAUUGA